AUGUCUUUUGCUGGAACGUUGCUCUGUUGCGGCGUGGGUGGUCUUAUCUUCAAGUAUGGUGAUCAAAAACACGAGAAGGUGGAGCUUCCUGAAGAAAUGGGGAUACAGGAUUACACGAUCGGGUUUGCGCAGAAACAGUUCAGCGUUGUGAAGGGACGGUUCGAUGAUGCACUCAAGAGUAUUUUGCCUGGGUUUUCGACUCCGGGUCUCUACCUCUACCCAUUUCGCGCGUACUGGGAGGUUUUGAAGACACCGGAGUACUGGAAAUCUACUAUUCCGAUCAUGAUAUUGUACGGAAUUCUAUACAUUUUGGUGACUGUUGUGUAUGCGUUGUCGAUCUUGCCCGUUUACACGCCGAUAUCUGUGUUUUUGGGUCCCCUUGGGUUGCUUGUUGCGUGGGUGCACAUGUUUUUGCACACCAACAUGUUGACUAUGAUGUCGAUCAGAAUGUCUCAGAUGAACACAUUUACGAUGUCUCAGGCGCUCAAAUUGAGAAAAAUAGAGCAGGGCGUUGUUGCAAGCGAGAUCCAAACCGGAACGGACCAGCCGGUGAAGUACUACUACUCGGUGUGGUCCAGGUACUACUUGUUGAACCAUCUUCCCUGGAAGAUGGGCGAGUAUCUGCUUGGUUUUGUAGUUCUUUGCGUACUCUUGGCCUUUUCGGCCAUCCCCAUUGUGGGUCCCAUUGGGUUCAACGUUUUGGUCUCUCCCGUGAUCACCAGGAUAUACUGGGCGCCCUACCUCAGGUUCAGGAACGUGAACAAUUUGGAGAGGGAGCAGAGGUUCUACAAGAAUUUUGGCCACUACACUGCUUUUGGAGCAACCGCUGCCCUAGUCGAGAGCAUCCCAGUGGUGUCUGCCUUUGCAUACGCUGCCCAUGCUAUUGCGAUAUGCGACUGGGCGCAAGAAGAGCCCUUGGUCUUGCCUUAG